AGAUCUGUAACUAAGGAAAACCAGAGAAAAAGCGCUAGUCGAUGUGAGGAUCAUUAUGGCGUUGCCGACUCUAUCGGCGCAUGCACCCAGACGGUCCCGUACUUGGGCCGGGCAGAUGGCUCGGCAGCGGGAGCAGCAGGCGCGGUGGAGGCAGCAGUGGGAGCUCCAUGCCCAGUAUUUCAAAGAACAGAGCGUCCGCAGUGAGAAACAGGCGGCAUGGAGCUCUCGACAGUCCUACCAGCAGAGCAUGCUGGCAUAUCAUAAACAGAGACUGGAGGAGGAAAAGAGAGUAUCUCUAGAGAAACGAAGGGCUCGACUCAAGGCUAUGCUUCAAGAAGAACAAAGCAGUUUGGAGGCGGAGCUUUGUAGAGUUGUUCCUGACAGCAGCACUUCAGCCAGUCAGUUGGUACAAAAAACAGAAGAGCUACGCACUGCAAGAGAGGAGCGCAGAAGAAAGGUUGCUGAUGAGCUGUUGAAGGAGUACUGGAGGAAAAAUAAUCCUGAUUUGAGAGAGCUUGAGUCUACCUUACAUAAAGAUCAUGUAAUCAAACAUUGGAAAGAGCAGAUAACUGACAAGAGAGAGCAAAAAGCUGCAGAGCAGGAGGAGAAGCGACGCUUUGAAAAUGAAUAUGAGAGAACACGUAAGGAAGCACUUGAGCGGCUCAAGGAAGAGGAGCAGAGUAAGAAGGCAGAGGAGCUGAAAAGAGCCGAAGAACUCCGUAAACAAAUGGAGGAACUGAAACUGAAAGAAGAAGAGGCAACACAUCUUAAGAAGGAGCAAGAGGCUUUGAUGGCCCAGCAAUGGGAACUUGAAAAGAUGGAAGAAGAAAGGAGAGGAGCAGAGGAAAAGAAAAAGAAAUCUGAAAUAAGGCAUUUUUUGAUGCGUCAGUAUCGGGCUCAAUUAAAGAGAAGAGCUCAGCAAGUGCAGGAGGAACUUGAGGCUGACCAUAGAAUCCUAGCAGCUUUAGUAGAGGGUGAGGAAGAAGACAAGAGACUUGAGACUGAACGAAGAGAGCGAGCCAUUGCUGACGCUGCCUGGAUGAAACAAGUUAUUGAAGAGCAGCUCCAGCUGGAGCGAGAGAGGGAGGCAGAGAUGGAUUACUUGCACCGGGAAGAAGCUCAACGUGUGUGGGAAAAACAGGAAGCACAGUGGGAGAAGGAGAGAAUAGCCAGAGAACGGCUCAUGAAUGAGGUGCUUGCAGGCAGACAGCAGCAACUUGAACUGAAAAUGCGUCAGAACCGUGAGGCUCAAGAAGAGUCCUUAAAGAGACGCGAGGAGCUGAUCCAAGAACUAGAAAUGGAGAGAGAGUUACAGCACCAGGAAAAAGAACUACAGGAAGGUCGCAGAACAGCACGAAAGAAGGAAAUAGAUGCCCAGGUUGAACAGAAGCGUCAGGAGCAGUGGGAGGAGCAGCUGCGAAUGGAACAGCUUGAAGAGGAAGAACAAGAGGCCUUUAGGCUUCAGGAGGAGCGCAUGAGGCUGGAGGCACAGAGAAUGGCCCAGAGAGGUUACGAAGAGAGGAUACGCAGCAGACCCCGAUCAGCAUGGACCUGAGUCUUAAGAAAUAAUGAUCACAAUCCAAAGAAUGAUUAUAUUCUAUCAAUAAUUAG